AUGAAUGUAAUCAAUCGCAUGCUUUCGAGGGGCCACGUUGCUGCUUCUGCAUCAUUGCCAAUUAAAGAAAGACCCUUUCCGGUGAAUUAUGGGCUUUCAACCUUCAAGUGGCACCUCGACUCCCGGAAGCCCAGUAAAGCAAUUCUUCUGCAUGAUCUGUUCGGCAGUUCUGCUUACUGGCAAAUGCUUUUGCAUGAGAGUCUCGGGAGAUUACCGUGUUCGGGUCUUACACCACUUGUACCACUGGAGUUAUUUGCUGUGGACUUUCGGGGACAUAACCAUUCCAAAUCACUUCCCUGCCCCGAAGAAGGGCGUGCCUUCACAAUGGCGUGUGCAGCUGAUAUUAUGCUUCUGCAACAGCAAGUCUUGCGUGCGGAUGCCAAGUUGGUUGGAAUUGGGUUUGGUGCGCUUGUCGCAUGCCAGGCUGCACUGCACUCUCCUGAAUCAGGUAUCGAUUCCCUUGUGCUUAUUGUAAAUGGGCCAUCAGAUCUGCUGGCAUGUGAGCCGGCACGUUACUCCCUUCCCUCUUUUAUUUCAGAUAUCCCGAAAGAAAUAAGUUCCGUCGCAGAUCUCGAACAUCAUUUGCACAAAAGAGUGCCUAAUGAGGCGGAGAGGGCACUUAUUCUUUCGACUGUGGAGCAGCGGGAGGGAACUGUGGGAUUUAAGUUCAACGAGACGUUGUUUCAGUUUCGUGGGCCAUUAUGUGGGUUUAGCGAUGUGGGACCGGAAAAUAUUUUCACAAAACCCGUGACAGUCAUUCAGUGCGGCUCGGAGGAGUUCUCAGGAGAGGCGAAGAGCGAUUUUAUGAAGCAUUUUCCCAAAGCCAAAUUUGUACUAUUCGAGGGUGACCGCAGCGGCGGGAUCAGUGGUCUUAGCGCUCAGGGACCUGCUGUCACUCGUACUCUACUCGAGGCGAUGGAAUUGUUAGGUGAGACAACAGGUGGGGAGGAAUAG